CGGCGAAAUCGAAACCGAAACCGUCGCUCCAAACGCGAACCGAAGCGAAACGUACUUUCUCCCUAAUUUUCAUGUCCAUCUUGUCCUCACGAUCUCAAGGAUCCGUAUCGUCUUCUCCUCCGACACCCUCUAGAAUCCCUAAUUCCGAACAUGGGAAACACCGACACUCUCAGUCUCCGCCGUCUCUCUCCGGCCACAUCGGAUCCCUUCAAAUCUCGGAUCCACAAUCACCAGUCGCUAAUCAGGCUUCAGGUGCAUCGGCUUCAGCUGAAUCUGGGGGAUCGUCCAAAAAGGUGAUUGAGUCUGGAAUACCAAAUGGAAAGAAAGCUUUACCUUACCGAAGUUCUGACACUAUUCAACGUCAAGCAGGUGGACAAAGGGUUGGGUCCUCCCAGGCUAAAGGGGAAAUAUCGGGAGCUAUGAUCUCUCCUCAAAGUCAACAAGGUACAAGAUCUUCUAAUUCCCAUGGAAGUACUGCACAUUCAACAGGGAGAAGAACCCAAAUGACGAAUGGAAACCAUUUACUGAAUUUUCAAUAUGAUCCUAUUACUCGUCCUCAAUUUAGGCCUCCCCCUCCUCCAAGAAGGAAGCAAAAGAUAAAGCCUUACAACAAAGAUUUGUUUCUUCAGGCAAAUUACAAGUUUGUUGUGUUAGAUACCGGAAAUUAUGGACCUGAGUCAAUUGAUCCGGAUAAAAUGUUACAAUGGGAAGACAUUAUAUGUGUAAGGUAUUCCACCCCAUUUGCCGUGCAAUGUCCAAUCUGUUUGGAAUAUCCUUUAUGUCCACAAAUAACCUCUUGUGGACAUAUAUUUUGUUUUCCAUGUAUUCUUCAGUACUUGCUAAUGGGUGAGGAGGACCAUAAAGGUGACUGCUUCAAAAGAUGUCCCUUAUGUUUUGUGAUGGUGUCACCAAAAGAUUUAUACACCAUCUACAUUGAGAAUGUGAAACAAUACUGUGUUGGUGAUAUUAUGGACUUUAUGCUUCUGACUCGGCAAAAAGAUUCAUUUACUUCAUCUACGAAAAGAAAUUUGGAGACAGAUACUCUUUCAUGUAGUGACGAUGAAGUCUAUGACCCAUUUGUGAAGUUUACAUUUACUUCAGAUGUGGAACUUUCUGUCAGAAAAGGAAUGUUGGAUUUGGAUGAUUGGUUGGCCAGAGCAGAGUCGGGGCUGGUUGAUGACUUAGAGAAGCUUCCAUUUGUUUGUGCAGCAAUAAAACAGUUAGAGUUGAGGAAGAAGUAUUGGAAUGAGCAAAGUUCUUUUGAAAGCAAGAGUAGCUGUAAAAAUCCUGAUUGUCAGAAAGGCCCUCAAGGACUUCAGGCUACCCUGAGUAUCUCUAGUUCUGAUUGUGAAGUAAUUGAUACUGGAUGUGCAACUCUACCUUCCUGCACCAAUGACCAAAGUAAGAGGAUAAAUAAUAUAAUGGCAAUGGAUAUGUCCGAUGGGGGGACUGGUUUAGUAGAAACUGCCGAUAUGGGUGAAGCAUUUGAAGUUGAUGACUCAGAUUUUUCAUCUUCUUAUGGUGAAAACAAUUGCUUACCCAGGCAUUCAAGUGGUUGUAGAGAUGCAAAUGAUAGGGAUUCAUACAACUUCUACCAGGCAGUUGAUGGUCAGCAUGUGAUUCUUCACCCAUUAAAUUUGAAGUGCCUUUUACAUUAUUAUGGAAGUUACGAUAUGCUUCCUCACAGAAUCAGUGGAAAGAUUUUGCAGAUGGAAACAGUGACUCAGACAGAGGCAACAAGGAGGCGCUAUCGCUAUUUAAGUCAUUUUUCCUUAACAACCACAUUCCAGCUCUGUGAGAUUGAUUUAACUAUGAGUCUACCUCCUGAUGCCAUGGUUCCAUUUAUGGAAGAAAUCAAGAAGCGCAAAAGGCAAAGGAAGCAACUUGCCGAGAAGGAACGGAGGGAGAAGAUGAAGGCUGAAGCUACUGCUGCGGAAUCUGUGCCGUAUUUUUCCAGUGCAGGACAUACAUAUUGCCAUGAUGACUUCCCGACAUUUUCAAUGGAUGACUUCGAAGCUCUUGGACGUUCUGGCACAAUAUCUUCCAGUCCUCCAGUUGUUGCAGAGAGGAGACUGUUCUCAAGUGUCGCCAAGCUUGGUUUUGCCGCGGGUUAUGAUUCUCCAUCAUUGAAAAUUGAUGAAACUGAUGCCCCGCAUAACAACGAAGUGGCAAAUAACUCUUCUGGUGUAACUGUAGACUCGAGAACUCCUGGGACUGCGUCGUUUGCGAAUAUAACAUCCAAAGGGAAAGCUGUUGAAAAUGUAGAUGCGCCCAAGAUUGAGACUGGAAAGAAGGGUAAGAAACCGAGCCGAGUCCUUUUGUCUACAUCCGGUGGUCGGCGCUACUGAAGCUGGCAUUCACGCGGCCUAGACUGACCCAAAUGUCGUUUGUAUAAUAGUAACCUCUGCUGUUGUGAAUGAGGGACUUAUUAGAUAUCGAUGGAAUUAUGAAGCGACAUCUUUUAUUUUUGUCCAUUUUCUUUUCUUUUGUUUGUACAAAUUCAACCUACUGUGGCGAAUACCUCCUGAGAUUUAUUUUGCUUCUUCUGAAUCUAGUAUGGGUAACAAAA